AUGAAGGAGGUGAAGAGCGAGCGGGAGCGGGGGAAUCGGCGAAGGCACCGGGACGGGGACGUGGUGGGGAUAGCGCCGGCGGUAGUGGUGAAGCAGGAGCGACUCAGCCCGGAGUCCGCGCCUCCGGUCCAUCGCCGUCCGGAUUCCUCCGGCGGUAGCCCGUCCCCACCGGCUGGCGAGUCGGGCCGCCCUAGUCACCGCGGGAACCGAGCCCGAGGAGGUAGCCGGUCCCCAGCCAAAAAGAAAAACAAAUCCUCAGGAAGAAGGAGCAAGUCUCCCCGGAGUAAGAGAAGCCGAAGUCCUCACCACUCAGCAAUCAAAGUAAAGCAGGAACGUGAGGACCAUCCUCGGAGAGGCCGGGAGGAUCGGCCACACCGAGAACCCUCAGGACAGGAACACAAGCGAGCUCGGAACAGUGACCGAGACAGGCACCGCAGCCAUUCCCACCAGAGGAGGAGCUCGGGCGAGAGGCCUGGCAGCGGGCAGCCUCAGGGACGUGAUCGAGAUGCUCAGAACCUGCAGGCUCAGGAAGCCGAGCGGGAGUUUCACAACACCCGGCGCCGCGAGCACCGCCAGAAGAAUGAAGUUAGUGCUGGCAGUAACGCGUCUCAGGACGCGCUGCCUCGGCCUGGACCUGGAGGCAACAGCAAGGACAAAGAAGUGCCUGUUAAAGAGAAGCCAAGCUUCGAACUUUCUGGGGCACUUCUUGAGGACACUAACACCUUUCGGGGUGUAGUUAUUAAAUACAGCGAGCCCCCGGAAGCACGUAUCCCCAAAAAACGGUGGCGUCUCUACCCCUUUAAAAAUGAUGAAGUACUUCCAGUGAUGUACAUCCACCGACAGAGCGCUUACCUCCUGGGCCGGCACCGCCGCAUCGCAGACAUUCCCAUCGAUCACCCCUCCUGCUCAAAGCAGCAUGCCGUCUUUCAGUACCGGCUUGUGGAGUAUACCCGUGCUGAUGGGACAGUUGGCCGCAGGGUGAAGCCCUACAUCAUUGACCUUGGCUCAGGCAACGGAACAUUCCUGAACAACAAGCGAAUUGAGCCACAGAGAUACUAUGAACUGAAGGAAAAGGAUGUCCUUAAGUUUGGGUUCAGCAGUAGAGAGUAUGUUCUGCUCCACGAGUCCUCUGACACCUCUGAAGUAGACAGGAAAGAAGACGAGGAUGACGAGGAAGAGGAGGAGGUGUCUGACAGCUAG